AUGGCCACUGAAAUGAGGCCGCUCUACAAGAAAGCGCUCGUCAUUGGGGCGACCUCGGGCAUUGGAGCAGCUCUAGCAUCAAAGCUCAUUGAGAACGGUACCAAGGUUGUCGUUGUGGGUCGUCGACGGAAGCGUCUACAGGCCUUCAUCGAAACACACGGCUCAGGCGUCUCAAGUGCCAUCACUUUCGAUAUCACAAACCUGUCUGGUAUCAAGAGCUUUGCUCAAUCUGUUAUCAAGUCAAAUCCAGACCUUGACUGUGUUGUACUUUGCUCAGGUAUACAACGUGGCUUUGACUUUACUCAACCUGAGACAGUAGACCUUUCACUGCUGGGAGUCGAGCUAACAACAAACUACACUUCGGUUGUUCAUCUCACAGCAGCGUUUUUACCCCAUCUCAAGAAGGAGCCCCAUGGAAACCUUGUUUAUAUCAAUGCGGGGGCAGGAUUGAUUCCAGCCAUGAGCCGGACACCAAAUUACAACGCUUCUAAAGCCGCUCUUCACGCCUUUGUUAUGGGUAUACGAUGUCAGCUACGCGAUGCCGGAUGUCCUCUGCAUAUUGUAGAGGUGUUUCCUCCUGCGGUGCAAACCGAACUGCAUAACGAAGAACAUCAGCCAGACAUUGUAAACGGGAAUGAGAUAGGCAUGCCGCUGGAAGAAUUCAUCAAUACGAUGUAUGACGAGUUGGUCAAGGGUAGCGACCAAUUCGCGGUCGGAUUUGGAACGGAGCUAUUUAAAGAAGGGGGUUGGGAAUUCCAGCGAGGAAAAAUGUGUGAUGAAGUAAGAAGUGUUUUGAACGUGGCGUUGCUGGAUUAUCUACGUCAUUAA